AUGGCCCAGAAGGAAGAGGCUGCUGCGGCCACUGAGGCUGCUGCGGCCACUGAGGCUGCCUCCCAGAAUGGGGAGGAUCUGGAGAACCUGGACGACCCUGAGAAGCUGAAAGAGCUGAUUGAGCUGCCGCCCUUUGAGAUUGUCACAGGAGAACGGCUGCCUGCCAACUUCUUUAAAUUCCAGUUCCGGAAUGUGGAGUACAGUUCCGGGAGGAACAAGACCUUCCUCUGCUAUGUGGUUGAAGCACAGGGCAAGGGGGGCCAAGUGCAGGCAUCUCGGGGAUACCUAGAGGAUGAGCAUGCGGCUGCCCAUGCAGAGGAAGCUUUCUUCAACACCAUCCUGCCAGCCUUCGACCCAGCCCUGCGGUACAAUGUCACCUGGUAUGUGUCCUCCAGCCCCUGUGCAGCGUGUGCUGACCGCAUUAUCAAAACCCUUAGCAAGACCAAGAACCUGCGUCUGCUCAUUCUGGUGGGUCGACUCUUCAUGUGGGAGGAGCCGGAGAUCCAGGCUGCUCUGAAGAAGCUGAAGGAGGCUGGCUGUAAACUGCGCAUCAUGAAGCCCCAGGACUUCGAAUAUGUCUGGCAGAAUUUUGUGGAGCAAGAAGAGGGUGAAUCCAAGGCCUUUCAGCCCUGGGAGGACAUUCAGGAGAACUUCCUAUACUACGAGGAGAAGUUGGCAGACAUCCUGAAGUAGGGCAACUGGGUUUUGCCUCACGUAUUCCUGCUGCCACCAAGAGAUGGCAAUGACAUGUACAGCCACCUGGGACAUGCCUGUCUUCCUAAUACCAUUUGGAGCUGGACAACAUUUGACACCAACCAAUCAUACUGGACAAGGCCCUUAGAGGACUUGAAAUAUACUUCUCAUGCUGUAGUUUAUUUAGGCUGUGCCUCUCUCUCUAAUGCUGCUCUCGGGAAGGACGAAAGUGACCUGCAAGGAGAGAAAUGCAACCAUACAUGGGCUCCAGUCAACUAUGGGACUGAAGGUCCUAAUUGCUCACCCAAGGGGGCUGCUUAACACAAACAGCCUCAGACCCGAGGUUUAGAUUUCUGAAAUAUGCAUUUUAUGUUAAGUUGGGUAUUUUUUUAAAAAAAGAAAAACUGCAACAUUAAUAAAAGAAGUGGUGUGUUUU